AGACGCUUUGAAACAAAAGCCCCAUGUGAGCAGCAGGGGCCUUCUUGCCCCCUCCCUUGGGGUUCCAGUUGCCAGGGAUGGCCAGGAGCCGACCCCACAGCCCAGCUGCAGCCGGCUUCCCUUGCCUCCUCAUUUCCUGUGAAUACAGAGGUGCUACUGAACGCCCAGCCACGCAGGGGCCAUCUCCCUCGGCUGCGGUGGCAUGGCUGGGGGCUGUCACUGCACUUCCUGUGUUUGUCACUUUUCUGAGCGAAGCAGGGACAGGGCUGGUGGCUGAGCUGAGAACCCAGCUCCCACCCUAGAGUGACUGGCUCCGCAUUAUGCUAACUCACCUUCUGCCAGUGCUGGCCUGUCUCCUGACUGUCCCACAGCUGGUCUCACCUGCAGCAUUUCCAGACGUGGCUCCCCGGGCCCCGACACUGUCUGUGAACCCCCACAGACCAGCCUACCUCUCUGGGGAAUCCCUGAGCCUUACAUGCUCCGCGCCUGGAGGGGACGAGGUGGUGCAAUUCCAGCUGUGGAAGAAUGGGGCAGCACAGCCCCCCAUGGACAGCCACAGGCAGCGGGUUCACAGCUUCCCUCUGGCACAGCUUGGGUUGCAGGACUCCGGGACGUACACCUGUUUGUACCAUGUACAGCAAUCCAAAGGACAGAGGCAAUCCUGGAGGAGUAACCCCGUCUCCAUCUCUGUCUAUGACCAUCCCGCAGCCCCGGCCCUGUCCGUGAGCCCUCAGCGCCCUGUGUACCUCCCUGGAGAAGCUGUUACCCUCCAGUGCAUGGCUCCCCCUGGAGCUCACCCAGCUACAGGAUUCCAGCUCUCCAGGGUUGGUGGAAGGAACCUCUCAUCUGGAAGCAGUGACACCCACACCCUGAGCAUCACGGGGCUGGGUGAUGCUGGGUCCUUCACCUGCCUGUACUGGAUAUGCCCAUCCAGACCGUGUAUCCAGUCCUGGGAGAGCCGCCCCAUCUCCAUCAAUGUAACAGAUCCACCUUCCCAGCCAGUGCUGAGCGUAGAUCCCCAAACGGGAGAGGUGAGAGAAGGGCUCCCCCUGCUCAUCAGCUGCAUCGCCCCUGGUGACACUGGUGAUCGGAGGUUUCACUUCUACAAGGGUGGAGAUGAGCUCGUUCCUGGGGACGUUGAGUCUGAGAUCAGCACCACAGAGCCCGGCACCAGCUCUGUGAACGUCUCAGUGCUUAGAAUCCCCCAGGCCGGUCCCAACAACACCGGGGUAUUCACCUGCGGGUACGAGGAGAAUGUGGGUGGAAGGUGGAUCCCAUCCCCCAGGAGCCGGGCCGUGAACGUCACCGUGAACAUCACAGCGACAGCCUUGGCCCAACCUAGGAAUAUGCUGCUGGCAUGUGGGAUCCUCGUGGUUCUGGGCUUGGCUCUGGCUGCCCUCGUCUGCUACUGCAGGAGGAACAAGAGAGUUCCGGAGCCUUCGCAAUAUCUGAGGGGAUCUGAGCCCGGGGGAGGCGAUGGGGAACUGGACUCCAGGGGUUGCCAUGAGGAACCGAAACCCAGCAGUGUCGGAGUGGAGCUACCGGGAGAGGGCUCCGAUGUGUACACACUCCUGACCUUCCCCUCCUCUGCGACGUCCUGAGCACUGGGGGAGAGGAAUGGACCAUCGGGAACAGAGGGGGUGCUGCGCCGCGAGGGGCUGCCCCAGCACGUCCAGGGAGCCACUCGGUGAGGAGCAGGAAGAGAACCCAGAAA